GGCGGGUGGGGCUGGCAGGGAAAGCAGACCUGUAGCCGGGAAAGGAGGCGAACCGCCCUCCCGAAGCCUACUUCCAGGCUGUGGCAUUAUUGUCCCUCAGGUGGAGCUGGAAAAUGAAACAAUAACAAACUGUUGAGAGACUGUUGUAUCUUUCAUGCUGGUGAUGUCUAUGCCCGUGGUACCUGAAUCUUGCAGCCAUGUAUUGGCAGAGUUUGAGUGCCUCAGUCCACUCCUUUCUGCUCUCAGGCUGGAUUCUAAUCGUCUGAAGUGCACAUGUAUAGGAGUUUCUCAAAAAUGGUUGGCGCUAGGUAGCUCUGGUGGAGGCCUGAAUCUCAUCCAGAAAGAUAGCCGGAAACAGAGGCUUUUUCUCACUCAUAAGGAAGGUGCCAUUUCCCGCAUUGCCUUUUGUUUACAUGAUGAGGACUAUGUUGCCGUAGCUACAAGCCAAGGCCUUGUUGUUGUCUGGGAAUUGAAUCAGGAACGUCGUGGGAAACCAGAAAGGAUUUAUGUGUCCUCUGAGCACAAAGGCAGAAAAGUAACAGCUCUUUGUUGGGAUACUAGUGCAUUUCGUGUUUUUGUUGGGGAUCAUGUCGGCAAAGUGUCUGCCAUCAAGAUUAAUACAUCCAAACAAGGAAAGGCUACUACUGCAUUUGUGAUGUUUCCAGUUCAGAUUAUAACCACUGUUGAUUCUCGUGUGGUUCAGCUUGAUUAUUUGGAUGGAAGGUUGCUUAUCUCAUCUCUUACCCGAUCUUACUUAUGUGACACUGAGAGGGAGAAAUUUUGGAAAAUUGGAAACAAGGAAAGAGAUGGUGAAUAUGGAUCUUGUUUUUCCCCUGCCGGAAAGAGUUGUGGUAGCCAACAGCCUUUGAUAUAUUGUGCACGUCCUGGUUCACGGAUGUGGGAAGUGAACUUUGAAGGGGAGGUGCUAAGUACACAUCAAUUCAAACAGCUCUUGUCAUCACCACCUCUUCCUGUUGUGACUCUAAGGGAUGAUCUGGAAUAUAAAGUUUCAGCCUGCUCCCCUCAGUCUUUGGCUUUUCCUAGGCUGCUUUAUUUGAGUGAGCACUGUGUAAUGACAUGGACAGAAAGAGGCAUUUAUAUUUUCAUUCCACAAAAUGUUCAAGUUUUGCUCUGGAGCGAAGUGAAAGAUAUUCAUGAUAUUGCAGUAUAUAAAAAUGAGCUCUUCUGUUUGCACACCAGUGGAAAAGUCUCUCACCUUUCCCUUCUACCAGUGGAAAGAUGUAUAGAACGUUUACUUAGAAGAAGCUUUUGGACUCUUGCAGCCAGGGUCUGCUGCCUCUUCCAGAAUUCUAUUGUCUUAUGUCGGGCAAGAAAAGCUCUUCCCAUAGAUAAGCUAGAACAUUUGAAAUCACAGUUGGAAAUUUCAACACAAAGUGAUAUCAUUACUCAACUUGAAGAACUGAUCUCAAAGCUGGAGCCUUUGGAUUCUGCAUGCAGCAGCAGGAGGAGCAGUAUUUCUUCACAUGAAAGCUUCAGUGUAUUAGAUUCUGGCAUUUAUCGUGUUAUUAGCCGAAGAGGCAGCCAGUCUGAUGAGGAUUCUUGCUCCUUACAUAGCCAAACUCUAUCAGAAGAUGAAAGGUUGAGAGAAUUUCACACACACCAGGAAGACGAGCACCAGGAAUUUGACACUGUAUCUCAUGCUUCUGUGAUGGUCGACACUGAUCGGAAUGAGACUUUUCUUCCAUUCAGUAUUCCAUUGUCAUUCCGUUCCCCAUCUCCCCUCGUCUCUCUUCAAGCUGUCAAGGACAGUGUUUCUAGCUUUGUACGUAAGACCACAGAAAAGAUUGGUACUCUUCAUGUGAGUCCUGAUAGAAUCAGACAGGACAUUAAAGAUGAAGAACAGCUUCCAGAAAUGACUGCUAGACUAGCCCAAACUCAAGAGGAAGGAGAAGAAGACGAAGAGCUUGAGCUGCAGAGCCAGCCUCAUGAAGAGGACCCCCUUAAAGACCUCGGGGCAGCAACUAUGGAGACCCUAACCAGACUUCAGGAUCCACUAGUUUUGUUACAGCCACAGUACUUGAGAGCAGUUUUGCUAAACUGGAUUCCAUUUCUAGAAAAAACAUUUAGAUUUGAGGCAUCUGCCAUUUUAGAUGAGAGCUCAUCUAAGAUAGACAAGGAGAUGCCUUUGCAGCCUGAAGAACAGCAAGUUUUCCAAGAAAAUGUGGAAAUGCCUCAUCAUGAUGAAUGUGCAGAUAUGGAACAGUUGCUUGUCUUGAGAACAAACUAUGAAAAUGAUGAUGUAAAUAAAGAACAAGAAGACGCCUGGGAAGAAAAUACCAAGCCAAAUAGUAGCAGUCAUAUUGAUGAAAUACUGAGCAAACAUCCGAAGUCAGAAACCACAUUUAACCAUUCUUUUCAGAUUUAUUCGCCAUGUUUCAUACCAGAGAAUAUUCAGAAAGAUCUGGUAGAGCUGGCAACUUUAUGUUUUGAAUUAAAUGUAUAUGAAUAUUCACAAAUUAAUGGUGAACAGUGUGUGCAGCCAGAAGAUUCAGAUGCCUUGGCUUGUAGAUUCAUAAAAGACUACUUUUGUCUUCUGGAUCUGGAAAGGCUGAAGCAAUGUAUUAUAACCUGUCAUAGCAAUCAUCCUAGAGUUUGGGAAACCUAUGUGGAAGGAUUAAAAGAACUGACUCGGACUAGUCCAGUCACUAUGGCCCUGGAGAACGGAGAUAUGUUUAGAAUACUGAAAUUGCUAGUGGAUCUGGGUCCCUGGGAUGCUCCUGUGUUGCUAGCACAUGUCCUAAGGCUUUAUGAAAAAUUUGGAGAAACUUCGCUAAGGCCCCUGGUCAAGUUUUGUCCCUCAAUUUUGCCUUCAGAUAUCAAGCAAAUUUGUAAAAGCAAUCCUCAGCAUUUCCUGGCAUAUUUAGACAGUCUAAUCAAAUCAAGGGCUGAAGAUGAACGGUUGUCCUUCCUGGGAUCUCUUCUUCAUCCCGAGUCAUUACGAUUAGAUUGGUUAUGUUUGGCAGUUUCUCAAGAUGCCCCACAUACAGCAAGUACAAUGGAUGCCCAAGGAAAUCCACGGCCACGUUCACAUUUAUUUACUUGGGGCUAUAACCAACUGAUCUUACUAUUGCUUAAACUCCCAGCUGACACUGUAAUGAAAGAGAAGAUGUCUGACAUUUGCAAAAGCUAUGGCUUCUGGCCUGGAUAUCUUUCUCUCUGUUUGGAGCUGGAUAGAAGACCUGAAGCCCUUACCCAUAUUGUCUGUUUGGAUGAUAUGAAUUUGUUGGAUAGAGAACAUGGGGCAAUUCCAGAAACAGUGGAAGAAUGGAAAUUCCUUCUUUGCCUUGUGAAGAGUCAUUGCAGUAGUGUUCUUCAUCCAGCUAUGCAAAAUGGCGGUGCUGUUAGUAAUGGUGAUCCAAAUUGGCCAAAUAGUGUAACAGUUGAAAAUGUGGCUCUCCUGUUGGCCAGAGUAAUUGGUCCUGAUCGUGCUUUGCAGCUGUUGCAGGAAUGUGGCCUGAUGGUUGAAUUAUCUGAAAGAUUUGCCAAGGUCUGUGAGAUACUAAGAAUUGCUGAAAAAAGACAAAGAGCCCUGAUUCAGUCCAUGCUGGAAAGAUGUGACCGAUUUUUGUGGUCUCAACAAGCAUAGCAAACAAAUGACAGAAAAUGAUAGUAGUAAGAAGCAUGUUCUUCUUUUGCUGUGCCAUUUUUCUAGCAGUGUUUUCCUGUCAAAGUGAAGAUGCAUUUAGUCAGAUUUGCAGAAAAAGUAAUAUCGAAGCUCCUUUUUCUACUGGAUUUCCAUCAUUCAGUAUUUGAAUGCAUGUUUACCCAAUACGAACAAUUGUAAUGCUGCUGCUGCUUGCUCAGCAAGAAUGCUUGUGCAUGGUAACCCCUUUGAGCUACUAGCAUUAAGUUUAGAUGUGAAAAUUGGAUUCUUUAUGUAGGAAGCAGUGCUUCACAUUCAGCAUAUAAAUUUCAAAUGAAUAACUUCCAUCACAUUUCUAGCAGAUUGCCAUUUUCAGAAAGCUGCAUAUAAAUGAAUGUAUGUAAUUGCAGGGACUAAGUGUAUAAUAAUUGAGUUGAGUUAAAACACUUUUAAUAUAACUCUUGAUUCAUUGGCUGAAGUAAAUGGGUGUUAAAACAAGUAUAUAAUCUCCAAAUAUUUAUAAUGAUAGCACUGUGGAAUUUUACAAGUUUUAUUCAGAAUUUGAAGUGAUAAUCAACAGAACUAAGAUUCCAGUAGUUAAAUGUAAAUACUGGCAGAACUUGCAUAUAUUAAAAAUGGUGUUUAACAUAAAAUUUU